CCCAGCAUUCGCACCGAGCUCGAAACUUUAUCUGCUCUGCCCUCGCGACGGGCGCACACCUCCCUCUUCUCCUCCGCCGUCGACUCUCGUUCCCGACCUCGACGACGAUGGCCACCUCAGACUCGUCCACCACUGACCUCUCCCCCGCCGCAGAUCAGCCGUCGUCCUCUCCGCUUCUACGGCCUCGCCCACGCUACCUUGAUGCGCACCGCUACUCCGCCGAGUCAGACUCAUCCUCCCCAUCAUCCUCGGAUAGCGUAUGGUCGCCACCGCAAACGAGUCUUUUCACGGCUGCACCACCAAAGCGCCUUCCCAUAGACAGCUAUGCUAGUGCAGGCUCUCUAGACUCUCCUUUCCUUGGCGCAGGUCGUCCACUCUCAUUAGGUUACGAGGUGCGCAGGCCAAACUUUCUUUCUCGCGUCUGAUGAUCUAACCCUCCUCGUGGACAGUACACCCUUGCUCCUGACCCGUCAACAUGGGGCUCGGGUGUGACAAAGGAGUUCAAGGAGGACGACGAUGACAUGUACGAACCAGGGCCUAUUCGCCAGAAUAUUGAGCGCGACGGUCACGUAUUCUCAUGGCGUGGCCUCAUUAACCUCGGAGCUCUCGCCCUUAUUAUUGCCGCUAUCCUUACCCUCCUGGCUGGAUAUCCCAUAAUCUACCACUUUACGAGAGGUGAUCCAUCAACACUCGGGGCGUUCAACCUUGGCGGCAUCAACGCCUCUGGCCAGGUUCCGGACCUCCAGGGGCGCUUCUCGCCCAUCGACCCAGACACCCCGCAAGAUGCAUAUACCCGCACAUCGCCCAUUGACUCUUCACAGAAGUGGGAGCUUGUCUUCUCGGACGAGUUCAACGUGGAUAACCGAACUUUCUACCCCGGAGACGAUCCCUACUGGGAGGCCGUCGACCUCCAUUACUGGGAGACGAACAACCUCGAGUGGUAUGACCCAGCAUCCGUGACGACCCAGGGCGGCAGCCUCAUGAUCACCCUCAUGGAAAAGGAGACGCAUAAUCUCAAUUAUCAGGGCGCUAUGAUCACCAGCUGGAACAAAUUUUGCUUCACCGGUGGAUACGUCGAAGUCAAGGCUCAGCUCCCAGGAGUUAGUAACAUCGAGGGUCUCUGGCCGGCAGUGUGGAUGAUGGGCAAUCUCGGGCGCGCAGGGUAUGGCGCGACGCUCGACGGCAUGUGGCCAUACACAUAUGACGCCUGCGACGUCGGCACCGUCGCGAAUCAGUCCAUCAAUGGCAACCCUCCCGCGGCGCUGGUCAACGGCGAUCCUGGCAAGGGAGGCGUCUUGUCAUAUCUGCCUGGCCAGAAGCUUUCGAGGUGUACUUGCGGGGGGGAGGACCACCCUGGGCCGAAGCACUCUGAUAACACGUUUGUAGGAAGAGCUGCGCCGGAGAUUGACGUUUUCGAGGCGCAGAUAACCACCGGCGGCCCUGGGGCUUUCGCCGGGGUAUUGACGGGACAAGUUUCUCAGAGUGCACAGUGGGCUCCAUUUGAUGCCGGGUACUGGUGGCAGAAUACCUCUAGCAACGAAAUCAUUUACAAUCCGGAAAUAACGAUCCAGAAUCCCUUCGUAGGCAGCGCAACACAGGAAGCGACGUCGGUCGUAACGAAUACCAAUACGCAGUGCUACGAAUAUCCCGACCCAAAUUUCGUGCCCGCGGCUGUUUCCGGUGCGCAGUUGCCCGCGCAAGUGCCUGGUGGACCUCCGGCGGGCGCGGGGUGCUUUGCCGUGUACGGCGUCGAGUACAAGCCUGGGUUCGAUGACGCGUACAUUUCCUGGAUGGCGAAUGAGCAGCUCGCGUGGACGUUGAACGUGGCCGGCAUGGGCCCUAACUCAGAGACGCAAAUCUCGCAACGGCCAGUCCCACAGGAGCCCAUGUAUCUGAUUGCGAAUCUGGGCAUGUCCUACAACUUCGGGCCUAUCGACCUUACGCACAUACCCUUCCCGGUACACCUGCGCAUCGACUACAUCCGCGUGUAUCAGCCCUCAAAUGCGGUCAACAUUGGGUGCGAUCCGUCAGACUUCCCGACGGCGGACUACAUCAACGAGCACAUGGAGGCGUACACGAACCCGAACCUGACGACGUGGACAGGCGACUAUGGACAGCCGUGGCCGAAGAACAGCUUCCUCAAACAGUGCUGAGCUUAUAUGCAUGAACUUGCUUUUCGCUACUAGACGAUUUCUCACUUCAUGACACUUGUCCCGUCGCCAAGACCUCCCAACGCUCAUUCCACUCACUCAUGCAAAACACGCCUUUGUACGCUUUUUCUUCCUGUUUGUAACAUCGACAUGCUUUUGACGGACAGUUUCAUUGCUCGAGGGUCAAAAAUGAUAUUUGUAUCGCUAAUCUUUUGAUUAUUCCGCACUGCACGCACACAUACACUAUUUGGGACGGUUUUUGAUUGUAGGUUGUACAAAG